GCAACACAUGCAGCUGCCUGGAGAGAGGGAGCCGGUGUCCUACGUCAGAGCCGCCGCCGCCGCGGAGCCGCCGCCGGGGAGGAGCAGCCGCUGCCGCCCAGGACUGGGCCCUUAGGGAGGAGGAGGCGAGAAGAUGGCGGACGACCCCAGUGCUGCCGACAGGAACGUGGAGAUCUGGAAGAUCAAGAAGCUCAUUAAGAGCUUGGAGGCGGCCCGCGGGUGAGCGCCGCGUCCGGCACCCUCCGUGCCCUCUUGGUUCCCGGACCCCUCAGGAUGGACGCCCCCGCGCCGCAUGGCCGGAUGAGGAGAACCAGGCACUAGCCAACUCCCGCCUUCUGGAUCUCUGGGUAGUAGCCCCUGACCCAGGGGCGAGGGUCGGCGCGGUUGGCCCGAGAAGGGGUCCUUUCCCCGCAUGGGGCAAUGGCACCAGCAUGAUAUCAUUGAUCAUUCCUCCCAAAGACCAGAUUUCACGAGUGGCAAAAAUGUUAGCGGAUGAGUUUGGAACUGCAUCUAACAUUAAGUCACGAGUAAACCGCCUUUCAGUCCUGGGAGCCAUUACAUCUGUACAACAAAGACUCAAACUUUAUAACAAAGUACCUCCAAAUGGUCUGGUUGUAUACUGUGGAACAAUUGUAACAGAAGAAGGAAAGGAAAAGAAAGUCAACAUUGACUUUGAACCUUUCAAACCAAUUAAUACGUCAUUGUAUUUGUGUGACAACAAAUUCCAUACAGAGGCUCUUACAGCACUACUUUCAGAUGAUAGCAAGUUUGGAUUCAUUGUAAUAGAUGGUAGUGGUGCACUUUUUGGCACACUCCAAGGAAACACAAGAGAAGUCCUGCACAAAUUCACUGUGGAUCUCCCAAAGAAACACGGUAGAGGAGGUCAGUCAGCCUUGCGUUUUGCCCGUUUAAGAAUGGAAAAGCGACAUAACUAUGUUCGGAAAGUAGCAGAGACUGCUGUGCAGCUGUUUAUUUCUGGGGACAAAGUGAAUGUGGCUGGUCUAGUUUUAGCUGGAUCCGCUGACUUUAAAACUGAACUAAGUCAAUCUGAUAUGUUUGAUCAGAGGUUACAAUCAAAAGUUUUAAAAUUAGUUGAUAUAUCCUAUGGUGGUGAAAAUGGAUUCAACCAAGCUAUUGAGUUAUCUACUGAAGUCCUCUCCAACGUGAAAUUCAUUCAAGAGAAGAAAUUAAUAGGACGAUACUUUGAUGAAAUCAGCCAGGACACGGGCAAGUACUGUUUUGGCGUUGAAGAUACACUAAAGGCUUUGGAAAUGGGAGCUGUAGAAAUUCUAAUAGUCUAUGAAAAUCUGGAUAUAAUGAGAUAUGUUCUUCAUUGCCAAGGCACAGAAGAGGAGAAAAUUCUCUAUCUAACUCCAGAGCAAGAAAAGGAUAAAUCUCAUUUCACAGACAAAGAGACCGGACAGGAACAUGAGCUUAUCGAGAGCAUGCCCCUGUUGGAAUGGUUUGCUAACAAUUAUAAAAAAUUUGGAGCUACGUUGGAAAUUGUCACAGAUAAAUCACAAGAAGGGUCUCAGUUUGUGAAAGGAUUUGGUGGAAUUGGAGGUAUCUUGCGGUACCGAGUAGAUUUCCAGGGAAUGGAAUACCAAGGAGGAGACGAUGAAUUUUUUGACCUUGAUGACUACUAGGUAGUCGACAUGGGUCCGGCAAAACGUGCCUCACCCUCCAGCAUCCAACCCAAGGAGCAUACCCAUGGUGGAAUCCAAACAGAUCCCUGCCUUACAAUUGGAACAUUUCCAGAACUUAAUCCAUGAGCAUUGGAUAUUGAAAAGAAAACCGAAACAAAACCAGACCCAGCCCUACACUUUGGUUUGUCAUGGUGUCAGCACAGCAGCCUACAACUAAGUUCCUAAAUGCCACUUUGGACUAAUUUAAAAAAGAAUCCCAGUUUUUACUUUUACUGGAUGGUGAAAUUGGUUGCUCUUGUAUUUUAUGAAAAAAAUGAUUUUUUUAACCUUCAUACAUAGAAGCAAAAAUACUUUAACUGCUGUAAACCUUCAAAAGUUAAUAGAAGUGAGAUCAUACUGGUUUGUUUCUUAUUUUGAUUGGAGAAAAAUUAAAUUGCUGCAUUUCGCAGUGACCCAUUUACAUGGCAUUCUCAGCUUAGACUGCGUAAGAAGAAAUAUAUGUGGUGAAAUGUUGGAACCAUUUCUUUCUUGGUCUCUGUUUAAUGUUGAAAGGGUGAGCUAAUAGGAGGCACUUUCAACUUCACUCCCUCACGCUACCCCGUCCCCCUCCAGACUGGCAGUUUCAAGGAUGCAAAUUGCGUUGCAAAAUCAAACUGACUCAUGAAACAUUUGGGCCAGUGCACUGUUUACUUCCAUCUGUUUGCAGACACAUUUGUGCCCGGCGUUUGGGAGCCCUUUGUAUCAGUGUUCUGACAAGGGUCCCUAUAACCUUAACCUACUCGAAACCAGUUUGGGAUGGAUGUGAUGGGGCUUCUGUGCUAUUGCUGGGAUUGGGAGAAAUAAAACAUGCAAUUUAAGUGGAA